AACCGAAGCCGAACGAACCAACGAACGAACCGAAACACAUGCCAUAUUCAUUGCUACUCUUAGAACGUGUGUUCGCGUGUUGUGUCCAUUGUUUAGUGUCCUCGGUUUUUCUUACUACUGUCGCAUAAUCAAACGUGCGUAUAAUCACAUUAAAGUGACACGCGUUAGUAUCAUUUUUUUCUUUGCUCCGUCGUAAUAUUGGACAUUGAUCAUAACGAAGAGUCAGUAUGGCGGUAACGAGCGAUGCGAUGUAUAACAUGAGGAGAGCCGCUGUUCAGUCGUUCGUGUCGUCAAACAUGUUACGUGGUUACGUGCCGCAUUGUCGAAAAGAAAAUCAAUUCGCUGGUACCUUCGGAUACGGUGGACUCACGAAAUCGCCGAUAUUCAGUCAUCAAUCUCACGAUGUAGAUAUGGAAAUUGAUGACAUCGGUUACGAUUAUUCUAUGAGAUCCCUGUGUUUGAAUAAAGGUCCUGUAGUUGUAGAAGUCUCGAUAGAGCAUCAGCUAAAAGCCGACGAGAAACAAUUUCGCUCGGCGGCAGUUCACGACACGAACGCGCUUCGACGCAGGAACCGGAAACGAUGCAACGAUGAUUCCUGCCCUGCGAGCCAAAUGAAGAAAUGCCGGAAAGGCGGUGGUAAGGACAAUAUACAUUUUGACACGAGAAGUACAAAGGACUAUGGAUCGACUGGUGUGUCUUCAAAGUCGGAAACUCUACAUGUAAAUACCAUCGAUACAAAUAUGGAACAAUUUAUGAUUACCAACAAUAGUUCUUGGGCAGCCGGUAGUCAUGAUCCAUUAAUUAGUUUAAAUUGUAGACAAUUAUUGUCUAAUGAUGGGUGCAAAUUAAUUGAAAAUGAUAUUGAAUACGAAAAAAUUUUAUUCGAGACGCACGGGUGCUCUGCCCAUCAGUUCCACAGAUUGCAACUACUUGACAACGAUUGCAUUGAGACAGAGUUUUAAGUCAAGUGACAACUAUUUUUAAUGUUUAUAUUUUUUGUAUUUUUGUCACAAAGCAUACAUUCUAUGCACUCUGACAUGUAUUAUAUAAUUAAAAAUAAAUACUUACUUUUCUAAACUA